AAACCCAACGGACUACCCCUUAGCCUCCCUCGUCGUCUCGGCUCUUGCCCCACCAUAUGCUCUUUCGAGGCUCUCCGCUAUGAAUUUAUGCUGUGUCCGUUAAUGGCGAAUUUUUUUCGUGACUUCAUACAAUUCGUUGAUGAUCAACUGGACAGUGAAGCCAAUGGGGAGGACUUCCCAGACCAAGGUCGGUACGGCGGUGAAGAUUACGAGUACGAAGAAGAAGAAGAAGAAGAUGAGGAGGAGGAGGAGGAGCACGAAGAAACGCAGGAUGAGAGUUUUCCAGAUGACGGAUCGCCUGAGGUUUCAGAGACCCGUCCUUGGCUCAUUGUGCCGGCGGAGGCGGUGAGCCGUCGCGAUUCAGAAAGUGCGGUGGAGGAAGAGGUUGAAAGUGGGGAAAGGAGGGAGGAAAGGGCGGCGGCGGCGUCAACGUCAACGUCGAACAGAGGUGUGAGCAGAGAGGGUUGUGCUGGAGGAGAGUGCAGUCAAGGUGAAAUUGAUGGGCUGUUUUGCCCUAUUUGCAUGCAAGCUUGGACUAGUGAGGGCGAGCAUCAUAUCUGCUGCCUUCCUUGUGGGCACAUAUAUGGUAUGUCUUGCAUCAAGAAAUGGCUUGAACAAUGCAGAAGUUCUGGAAAGUGCCCUCAAUGCAACAGGAAAUGCAUGUUGAAGGAUAUUAGGAAACUUUAUGCAUCAAGGAUUAUCGUUGUUGAUGAAGAGUCACAGCAGAAAAUUAAAUCCCUUGAGGCUAAAUGUGCUUCUCUGGAGGCUAAAUGUGCUUCUCUGGAGAGAAAGCGGGCUGGUUGGCAUGAUAAAGAAGCUGAGUGGCAUAACAAAGAAGCUGCUUUGUGCCAGAAAGUAUGCCAACUUACGGAGAGGACAACCUGUUUGGAGCGUUUAUUAGGAGAAGCACAAAGCAGGCCAUCUGAAUUUUUUAAUUCUAGCCAGGGACGAACUGUAUCUGGACACAAGCUUGGCUCAAGUAUGUGCACACAAGGAUCUCCUUGCAGCUUUGUAUUACAGGAAGAGUUGCAAGUAGAUGGUGCACGAAUUUUUGAUGUGGAUGCAUCUGGCAAAAUUUUAAUUAUUGCACGAAGGCUGUCUGGGAUGGGUGGAACAUAUUCACUCACCAAAAUGAGCUUGAUGAAUCCUCAAGAUAGUGAAAACAUUUUACUUUCAUCAUAUACAAAAGCAGUUAGGGACCUUCGUGUUUCUCCCCAUGGUGGACUUGCUCUCUUGGCUUCACUAGGGAAGAAAUUGUCCAUCCUUAGCAUGGAAAGCAACAAUAUCAUCCUAACGUACGAUUUACCGGACCAGAACUUGGGGGCGAUGAUUGGCAGUGCUAGGAUGAUUGAUGGCCUUUACUAUUUUGAUGAUACCCUAGUCAGCAAUAAACAAGCUCAGGGCUUGAGUGGUAGUACUAGUUCAGUCCCUGCUGCUGCUUGGUCGUGUGCAUGGGAUUACAAUAGUUCACAUCAUGUAUAUGCUGGACUACAGAAUGGAAUGCUUUUGGUUUUUGAUAUGCGCCAAACUGCGGGGCCUGUGGAAUCCAUGAGUGGCCUGACGUGCAAUCCAGUUCAUACCAUACACUCUCUUUUAGAUGAUACAAAUCUCGCAGCUGGUGUUAGAACCCUUCUAAGUGCUUCUUCGGUUGGCUUGUGCCAGUGGAGCUUUGGCAAUGCUGAAAGAGGCCCUUUUCUGGUUCCUCAAUCGGAGAAUCAAGGAGUUUGUAUAUCACUUGCUUAUUGUCCGCGUAAUGAUGACAUCGUUGCUUCAUUUCGCCCUAAAGUUGGGAUGCUUAAUGAGGUUGCUGUUUCUCAACCUUUGCCGACUCCAACCGUGGCUGGCCAAGGAGUGCAGGGUUCCCAUGUCCUUUUCAAACGAAGGCCAGGGCUCUGCUCCUAUGAUAAGUUGGGAUCUUCAUCUGCAAUGGUCAGUGAUAUUCGAUUGCCAAAAUCUGCCAUUAUCGAUGCUGGGGAUCGCAGUAGCCUUUUUGCAUCAGCAGAUGAAGUAUCUUGUGAAUUGAUAUUGCAAGAUUUGCCAUCUUUUGGGGUCACUCAGUGUCUUAAAUCUCACAGCUAUCCUUUCCGCGACGUCAAGUUCUCGCAUGCAUUCGAUCCAGGUUUACUCGGAUGUUUGACUGAGGAUAAAUUGCAACUUUUCUCUGCCAAGGUCUAAUGAGGGGGAGGGCCUUUCUAAUAUUCUCUCUCUUCUUCUUCUUCUUCUUCUUAUAUAUAUAUAUAUUUUGUAGUUUAGUGACUUUAGUUCAUCAGUUCCAUCUUAAGUUGGUCUAGCCAGAUGUAAUUCAGUAAUUUGGGAUUUUUGUUAUAUAAGUUUGUAUUAUUAGUAUGUAUUUUAGUUGAGGAUGAAAGAUGGUUUCUAACCUAAAA